GGGUCGCCUACGAUACGUACUGGGACGGAUUUGAGGGCGGGGAUACGCGUUUGAGGUGUCUUGAACAUGGCGGCCUCCAGGAGCGUGUGUAGAACGGGUCUAGCUUCUCUGCUGAACCCAAGUCGUUUGAUAGUUCCAAUCCUGCUUCACUCUGUAAGGACCAAGAAAAGAUUCUCAAUGCCAAAAUCUGUCGGCGCAAAGUAUAAUUCUCCUGAGGAAAUGACAAAGAAAGCAAGGGCUGCUGGAAUUAUUAUUCCGGAAGAAAUCAUGGAACGUCCAAUUAAUGUUUCCUGCACAGCUGGGAUUUUCGACCCAUAUGUACCCCCAGAAGGUGAUGCCCGCCUGUCAACACUUUCCAAGGAGGGUUUGAAACAGAGAACAGAACAGCUAAAGCAGACAGCAGCCUCUCAUUUGGCGAUUCGGAAAGUAAAAAAUUAUGAUGAGGAUUUCAGUACCAAGACCUUUCCAGAGAAAGCUCAUGAAAUCUUCAUUGCUGCGCACAAUCACCUAACUCAGUUUGAUCGUCACAAGUUGCAUUCUCUGGUUACAGAGCGUUGCUACCCUGAAAUGGUGCGGGGUAAUAGAUAUCGCACAAUACACUGGUCAUUUGUGGAGUCUCUUGAGCCUUCCAGAGUCGUACAGGUCCGAUGCCCUGAAAUGGUAUCGAAGGGAAAUCUUUACGGUCAAGUGACUGUUCGAAUGCACAGCAAGCAGAUCCUAAUAAUCUAUGAUCGAUUUGGCCGAGUUGAAUGCGGAAAGGAUAAGCCACGAGAUGUGUUGGAGUAUGUUGUUUUUGAACGUCACUUGGUGAACCCAUAUGGAGCAUGGAGAAUGCAUGGAAAAAUUGUUCCUGCCUGGGCACCACCUAAGGAGCCCAUUGUUAAGACAGUGGUAUUACCAGGUACAGAAUUAAAACCUUGGCAGGAGCUAGAAGAUUUGGAUUUAGAGAAGAAAGAGCCUGCAUCAGUACAGUGGUACAAAUAAGUACUUUUCCAAUUGUCUGACUUGGUGACUCGUCAUUAUAAAUCUUGGGACUUAUCCUUUGUUGCCAUACCAAAAGCAAAUAUACCAAAUGAUGGACAAUCACAGAAAUUGCUAAGGAAGGCACGACAGAAGACCUUUCUGUAAAAUACUUUAAAUGUUAUAUGUUUAAUACAUUUUUUUUUUUUUUUUUUACAUUUUAAAAACAUGUCCUUUGCAAAGUGACAACAUACAAAAAAAACAGUCAUACAACAGCACAAGUGGCCAGCAUGGCCCUGUUGUGCAUAAUGUUUCUAAGGUUAUCGGAAAAUUCAAUUAAUAGCAUAUACACACAGUAUUUGAGCACUAAUUUUGGUUAAUUUGAACAACCUACUUUUCUUUUUUUUUUUACUUAUACAACCCUUACAUGUGUACUGUACUGUUCUGUAGUUUUUAUUCACUAAUGGUCAUUUGUAUUUUACUGCAACCAUUUAGCCUCCUGAAAUUAUUUGCUGGAAUAAAGUCUCUACUAAAGUAUG